AUGAGUAGUGACGAGAACAAUCCCUCUUCCAGCGGUCCUUCGCGCAAGCGUAGUUGUUCAGCCCUUCAAUUGGGCCCACAUAAAAAAGCGACAUCAUCAAAUCCCCUCAUCCUUCAUGGGCGACAUUUUGGUCGGACGGUGUUCGCCCUAUGCAACUACCCUGCUCUUCUGACUGCAGGGAUCCUCCGGCUCGAAGAGUUACAAGACUCUCCCAUAGAGGACUAUCCAGCGGAUGUUCGAUGUGAACAUAGAGUGUUCAUGCAUUUAAUAGAGUCAUAUCCUGGUCUUUUAGAUGGUCUCACAAUGGGUGAGGAUGAGGAUGUUAUUCACCUUGGAGAAUUACUGGGUAAAGGAGCCUCUGGUGCGCGAGGCGACGACACUAAAACCCUUAAAUCUGCUGUUCUUGAUUGGCUUGUGCCCAGAGGACAGGUAGUCAUACCGCCCCUCUCCCGAAACAUCAAGUCGGACUGCGGGUUCAAUCAUGAAAUCACCGGUGCAUUGCUCUGCCCUGCAGGCCUUGACUGGUCGAAUACAGCAACCAAGCUCAGUCUCAAGAGCGGUGAAACCGCAGUUCGUGGUGAUCAGUGGCCCAUGUUCCUAUAUGCUAGGUAUGACUAUGAUCCCGAAGAUCCAUGGAAGGGCUUAUUGAGGAGCGAUAUACUCAUAUUUGGUUUCAAACAUGUAUUUACGUCCCCAAGUUCGGUAGACAAGGACCCAAAAGCGAUGCGCUCCGGCAACGCUUACCUUCACGGCAUGAAGUCCGUAACCAAAGGGUCACUGGCCUAUAUUGCCACACAGGUUCAGUUUUCAUUGAGUUCAUCGUCUGUAUUUUCACGCACAGACACCGUCACGGACUCCAAAAAUUUUUAUCACAGCAUCCUCGACCUGUUAGAGGAUCCCGAUGAAAGUGAGGAAGUCGUCGACCUCAUGAUGUGGUGGACGAGGUGCAUCUUUCCUAAUUCUUCAUCUUCGCAGCGCGACAUCAGCAAAGACAGUGCGCUGUCCAAAAUUCAGGCGAAAUGUGCUGCCUUGCAAGCACGAGUCAAUGUUAACACUACUUAG